ACCAGGAAAUAGUAAGUAACGAGAAGACGGAAAACAAGAGAAUUUCAUAGUAGACAACAACAAUGGAAUAACUAACGUUUUAUGCAUGGAUUUUUUGUUUUAAAAUUAUAACUAUGUCUAGCGCGAAGCAUAACAUUUAGUUUUUCAGAAAUGAUCAUUAUUAAUGCCCCGUAAAGCCAAAAAGACAGAUAAGCCUCCCUUGUCGUUCCUGGAGCAUCCUGUGCGUGGAGCCAGACUCCAAAAUGAACCUGAAGUCCGAGCGGCACUCAAUCCCAAAGAGUUUUUCACAGAGACACAGCACAGUUCAUCUCUAAAUUCUUGGGUAAGACCAGAAUUUGAGGGUUCAGUUGCAGCUGCACCCCCAGUGAGAAGAGGCGGACGAAAAAAGUGCCUCUCAGCCACAAGCAUUCUUGACAAUUCCAGUCAGCUGUCCAAGAAAAAGAGUGUGUGCCAAUUCCCCUCAUUAUCGUUUCAUAAAAGGUCAAGAGACCAAUAUAUCAACAAAGGAGUACACACACAAAGAAAUCUUCAGGGUCUACCGAUGUGUGUGAAACGGGAAAUCAACCACAGGGAGCAUCAAAUCAAAAGGACAGCUUCAUGUGCACAGUACUCUGACACACCAAAGAAACAGAAAACCUCAACAUUAAGAAAAAGGAAUGUGAAGAGUCUUUCCAAUGGUGCUGCCUCCUCUAGUAGAUGUCUGGACCAACCUGAAAAUCCUUCUAUUCAAGUGACUGAGAAAUGCAGUAUUCCAGCAGAUGGUGAUAAAACACCGGCCUCCAAAACGUGCAGCACUACUGAUGUCGGCAGUGUCAGUCCACCACCUGAUGUUGACACUCCAAAAGUAAUUCAACAAGGGAGUAUUCAUCCCUCCUCGCCCGCUCCACACUUGCUACAGGCUCAGCCAUGUACACCACCAUGUAUUCAGCCACCUGAAAUGUUAGUGGCUGACACACCAGAGAGGGAUUAUGGGGUGAAAGUGACAUGGAGGAGGAGGAAGGGUCUGAUGUUGAGGUUAAAAGAAAGGGGCCAUAUCUCUGACUCAGAUGUGUUAAAUCAUAGCUGAUGUGAUGAUUUGGUCAGAAUAGGAUAAGGCAAUGAUGAGAAAAAGACAUUGAUUAUUCAUUGGACUACUUUUUUUGUUUGUACAUCCUUAUGAUAAACCAUGGAUAUUAUUAAAUAACUCUGUCACCCACCCACUCAUAACCCUGCUAGUUAUCGUACAAAUUAAAUAAUGGGCAAAUCUAAAAUGCAAUAUCUAAGUUGUGAUCUUUUCCUAUUUAUUGAGACUCAUCCCAAUUGUACUUUGUUUUUAUAUACUAUGUUGCAAAUUAGUGACUGCCUUUAUAUUCAAACAUAAUUCUGACAUUUUGCAAUACAAGCUAUUAUUUUUUUUUUAUUAUGCUUCUCAAUUUGAAUAGCAGAGUUGAGGAAAAAGGUCUUGCACCUAUGAACUGUAUAUGAUAUCACAUGCCUAGUAUUGAUCUAACCCUAUACAACCAUGUCACCUUUGGAAUAAAACCAUGGUUGAACUCG